CUUAGCCGUUUAUUGACUCUAACACUGAAUGCUGAAUGUGGCUGUAGAUGUCAUUGUUGCUUCUUGCUGCUCUAGAAGAGUCAUUUAAAGCAGCAACAUCGUGACAUCAUGUCCUUAUGGAAAUGUCUCCCGGUGAGGCCCCUCCCUGUCCGGGUGACAUCAGCCGGAGCUCGGCUGCUUUCCUCCAGGAGUCCUCGGUGUAACCGCACAUACACAUCCAGCGCUGCCACCGGGAGAGCUCGACGGAAAGGGCGCCUGCUCGGCUUUUCUAACCGCUUUUCUUCAUGGGACAAAACAAUAUUAAUACUCCCCCGCCAGUGAUCAUGGGAGGCUGUUGACAUCUGAUCUCCCCGUUAGCUCAGAGGACGCUAGAGUAGCUCGAAAACACCGCCGGGUGUGCAGUCACUGGUCCAAACAUGGCUGCCCAUCGAAUCAGAGCCACGACGAACAACAACGCUUCCCUGCCUCGCUGCAAAUCAGAGGGAACGCUCAUCGAUCUCACCGAAGGAGUGUCAGAAGCCAGUCUCACCGAUGUCAAAGUGCCUUCUCCCAGUGCCUUACGACUGGACACAACUGCCUCCUUUGGCACUGCCAGGGAGGUUGUUGCCAUUAAGGACUACUGCCCGUCUAGCUUCACCACCCUGAAGUUCUCUAAAGGAGAUCGCCUCUAUGUUCUGGACUCGUCAGGAGGAGAGUGGUGGUAUGCCCACAAUAACAAAGAGAUGGGUUACAUUCCUGCAGCAUAUGUGGAGCCCAUUAACUACAGAGACUCGUCCUUCAGCGACAGUGGGAUGAUUGACACUGUGGGAGACUGCAAUGAGGAGGCAGCCAAAGAAAUGGACCUUCUAGGCGAGUGGGCAGGAGUGAUUCUUAAACCAACCACCUUCCAAAAUGGAAAUCCUUUUGCAACUAACCAUACCUCUACAAAUCCCUUUCUAAACGGGGGUCCCCAGAGCUCACUUGAUCAAAACAGUAAUGAAAAAUCAGUUGAUCUUCUUCUGUUUGAUACCGUCACUCCAUCGUUGCCCAAGUCCACCAGCAGCACUGCUGACAUUAAUGGUUUUGGCAGCGGUGUUAUCAGUUUGAACCCUGUAAGUCCUGUGGGGGUUGGUCAGGUUAUGCGCAGAGACAACCCGUUUUUUAGAAGCAAACGUUCCUACAGUCUGUCGGAGUUAUCCAUCCUGCAGGCACAGUCCGAUGCUCCUCAGGCCUCUGCUAGUUUCUUUGGAGGCCUUAAAGCACCAGCACCAGAGCAGUUUCAGAGCAGGGAGGAUUUCCGGACUGCAUGGCUUACACACCGCAAGUUGGCCAGGUCCUGCCAUGAUUUGGAUUCCCUUGGCCAGAACCCAGGCUGGGGCCAAACGCAGCCGGUGGAGACUAACAUCGUAUGUCGACUAGACAGCUCAGGCGGAGCUGUCCAGCUUCCGGAAACCAGCAUCAGCAUCCAUGUACCAGAGGGCCAUGUCGCCCCUGGGGAUACACAGCAGAUCUCAAUUAAAGCUCUGCUAGACCCGCCGCUAGAGCUCAACAGUGACCGCUGUACCACUGUCAGCCCUGUGGUGGAGAUUAAACUCAGCAACAUGGAAACCAAAACCACUGUUACCCUGGAGAUGAAAGUGUCUGUUGUGGUAAAAAUGGAGAGCAGGCAGACUACUGAAGUCUUGUGUGUACGAAGUGAUUGUAAAGAGGGACCUUACACUCCUGUUCCUCAGGCAUACAUGUAUGGAGACACAGUCCAGGUGUGCCUGGAUAACCUUGAGCCAUGUAUGUACGUGUGUGUCGUGGCUCAGGCUCAAUCCUUAUCUCCAAAUUCCACAGUUUGGGAGCAUGUGGUUAAGAAGAUAACUUUGGGAGUGUAUGGUCCCAAACACAUCCAUCCAUCCUUCAAAACAGUGGUGGCUAUGUUCGGCCAUGAUUGUGCGCCAAAGACACUGUUGGUGAGUGAGGUUGGCAAGCAGGCCCAGUCUGCACCACCAGUUGCUCUCCAGCUCUGGGGCAAACACCAGUUUAUCCUGUCCCGACCGCAGGACCUUCGUGUAGGAGUUUAUUCCAACAUGGCCAAUUAUGAGGUAAAGGCUAGUGAGCAGGCCAGGGUAGUUCGAGGAUUCCAAGUUAAGCUAGGCAAAGUCAGCAGGCUUGUCUAUGUCAUUGCAUCACGCGCAGACGAUGUGUCGGAUUUCACCCUAAGAAUCCAGGUCAAAGAUGACCAAGAUUGUAUACUGGCCCAGUUUUGUGUCCAGACACCAACACCGCCACCCAAAGCAGGCCCAAAGACAUCAGCGCAACGGCGAUUCCUGAAGAAGAAGGAAGUUGGUAAGAUUGUCUUGUCUCCUCUUGCCAUUGCCACUAAGUAUCCUGUUUUUCAGGACAGGAGAAUAAACAACCUGAAGUUUGGAAAGUUAAUCAAAACUGUCAUACGACAAACAAAAAAUCAGUACUUGCUUGAAUAUAGGAAAGGAGAUUUUGUAGCUCUGUUAAGUGAGGAGAAGAUCAAGCUGAAGGGCCAGUUGUGGACAAAAGAAUGGUACAUUGGAUAUUAUCAGGGCAGAAUGGGACUUGUUCAUUGUAAGAAUGUGCUAGUGGUCGGCAAAGUUAAGCCAAUUUACUUCACUGGGCCUGACCUCACAACCUCAUUGUUACUUGAGCAGAUACUGAAGCCCUGCAAGUUCCUCACAUAUAUUUACGCCUCUGUAAGAACUAUAUUGAUGGAGAACAUUGGCAACUGGCGAGCAUUCGCAGAUGCACUUGGAUAUGUCAACCUACCCUUAACGCAUUUUUGCCGCGCUGAGCUGGACAGCGAACCAGAGAGGGUUGCAUCAGUGUUGGAGAGGCUGAAGGAAGACUGCAACAAUGCCGAGAGCAAAGAGAGGAAGUCCUUCCAGAAAGAACUCCUGACAGCCCUGUUGAAGAUGGACUGUCAGGGUCUUGUAGCCCGACUGGUGAUGGACUUUGUCCUGCUCACCACUGCCGUGGAGGUAGCCGGCCGCUGGAGGGAGAUGGCCGAGAGGCUCGUCAAGAUUUCGCGCCAACAAAUGGAUGCUUACGAGGCACCACACCGUGACAAGAACGGAGUGGUGGACAGCGAGGCCAUGUGGAAGCCGGCAUACGACUUCCUGGUCACGUGGGCAGCUCAGAUUGGCGAUAGCUACAGGGAUGUGAUCCAAGAGCUUCACAUGGGCCUGGACAAGAUGAAGAACCCCAUCACCAAACGCUGGAAGCACCUGACCGGCACGCUCAUCCUGGUCAACUGCUUGGAUGUCCUGCGGAGCUCCGCCUUCAGCCCCUCUGCUCAGGAUGACUACGCCAUCUGAACCCAAGCAUUGCCCCACACCAGCACACCUUGCUCUUCAGGAGCAAUUUUUUUUUUUUUUGAAAUUGCAACGUUUGAAAUGCUGCAUAUCAGCUGUUUGCUCACUCUGAAUGCCACUACUGCUGUCGUUCCUGCAGCGUUGCCUUCAGCUCUUCGUGCCCAGGGCAACAUCACCAGACAGGCCCCACGUCCCCAGCAAACAAUACAGUGCUCUAUAGAGCUUGCAGUA